AUGUCUUCGGAUGCCACCAACCGACCGCAGAAGCGCAUUCGCCUGUCCCGAGCCUGCAACAAAUGUCGAUCUCGGAAGGUGCGUUGUGACGAGGGUCAACCAUCUUGUACCAAUUGCGUUCGAGCGAAAGUAGAAUGCAUAACAACUGACCCGAACAAUCCCGAUCAACUCUCAACACAUGCGCGUCGUCGAGCUGGUACCGGAAAUGCCGCCUCACCGAGCGCGCCUGCUCAUUCACCUUCAGCUGAUCGCGCAACUGCGGCUCUGGAACCAUCAUCAUACAACGCGAACGUGUCCCAGAGCCCUAUGUGGCAAUCUAGCACGCCGCUACAUCAAACUCCAAACGAUAUCCCGACUUCGCGAAUGGCCAUUGGUGGUCUUGUGCACAGACCAGAUAUUCAAAAUCAGCAGUAUGAUCAAGCAGCAGAACUGGUGGUCGAGCCUGCCGUCCAGCCUGGUUUGUUAGGCAAUGUUCAGGGCUCGGGGUUCGCUGUGAACUCUGUAAGCGCUACUGAACGGAAGUAUCUGGGUUCGACGUCUUUGCAAGUGUUUUCGCAGUGGCUCGAUUUGACGUUCCAUGUGUCUCCUACCGGCCUCACAAGUUCUUUCCAACACGGCAUGAGGUUCUGUGAGGAGAUGGAGUUACCGGCAGACCUUUUCAUGCCCCCAAUUCCCAGUGCAUGGCGGGAGUAUGUGGAAGCAUUUGUCUCAGGACCCGGUAUGGUCUUCCCAAUAGUCUCAGCUGAAGGCAUUACUUCAACGAUACAAUACUUGUGCCAACAAGACCUGAGGACCCUUCCGGUUCGCGAACGACCACUCAUUGCGACAGUGUAUGCUUGCCUAGCUAUCGGAGCUGAUUCUCUGGGACACUCUACUCAAGGUAUGAGCUUGGUCACAGCAGCAUACUCCUUGUAUGCCUACCUCGUUGCACAGCCUUAUCUUCAGUCAGCCCAAGCUCUCCUGCUUAUCUGUUUAGCUCUGAGAGGUCGAAACAAAGAUGGCGCCGGCUCGCAAGCUCUGGGACAAGCCAUUCGUAUAUUGCAUUCUCUCGGCUUGCACAGAAAACUGAACGGCUACGGCAGUCUCAAUCGAGAGCAGACAGAAGUCGUACGACUCGGCGUUCAUACCUGGUGGAGUGCUUAUUGCCUCGACCGUAUGAUGAGCUUGGAGACCGGACGCCCUCCUCAGAUACAAGACGAGGACACUGAUCAGUCAAGGAACCUCCAAACUACCAAUGUCCAAGAUCUGGCAGCUUUGCAAGCUCUGCUUGAUCUGGGCGCUAUCCAGGGGAGCGUAGCCAGGCACUUGUGCACGCCGAGACUUCCAACCAUCACUGCUGUCUUGGAAGCACAAUCCCGUCUCGAUCAGUCUCUGCUAGAAUGGCAAAACAAACUUCCUGCCCGAUUACGCUGUGACGGAGACAUCACAAUCAACGACCCGGACCUUGCUCUUCCUCGAGCAUUUUUGAGUAUCCAGCUGCAUACAACUAUGAUCAAUCUUCAUCGAGCUGCAUUGUUGAUGGACAAAGAUAUACACCAGACAAACCUCGCCCGGUAUGACUUGGGCAAGGCAAACGCAAAUCGUCUUGCGUCAAGCGAGUCAAUUUGUGCCAAUUCUGCCAGAGCCAUUAUUACUGCAUUCCUACAAGCUCGAGAAAUCACCAAAAACUCGAGGCUUCAGACGAUGACUGGACCAUUGAUGGCUAUCUAUGUGUUGUCUAUCAACACUUUGAAGAACUCAACCUCGUGGUCCGCUCGCUCCGAUGUCGGGUUGAUCUACUCAGCUGCGGAGGCGGUUGAACAACAAUACACCGCAGAUGGACAAGAUCCCGGGUUCUACACACUCUUGAAGACGCUGAAACAGUUUGCAUCUCGGGACACGCUUUCGCCCAAGCGUCUGGCUAGCUCGAGAGUGCCGACAAGAAGAACUUCACCACAGCCACAAUCCAACCCUCGGUCUGGAUCCGUCAACCACGAUCAAGAUCCCAAUGCUGUGCAGAUGGAUCAUGCACAGGACCCGAAUCUAUCAGAUGAAUGGGGCAUGCUGUUCCCACGCUUGUAUGUAGGCGAUCUUGCUUUGGACGCUGAAGCCUUGGAAGGCAUGGACAUUGAGUACUUGAUGGGUAUACCCCACCUAUCAUUUGACGAACCACAUUGA